AUGAAGGUUAUUUGUGCAGGCUUGUGCAAGACAGGAAAAACAUCCCUGGCUAAAGCUUUAAGAAUCCUUGGCUUUACAGUGUUUGAUUCUGCGGAACACAGGAAAUUUCAUCUUGAUCAAUGGUUCGAUGUUUAUUUCAAGGGAAAAUCCCCGGAUUUUGCAGCAAUGUACAAAGAUAUCGACGCUGUGGCCGAUUUACCCCCCGUGUUUUGGUUUCAAGAAAUCUACAAAGCUUUUCCGGAUACGCAAGUCAUUCUUACUUUAAGAGACGACGAAGAAAUUUGGGUGAAAAGUUUUAGCAAGCAAAACGAAUUUGAUCAGACGCAAGGCGGAUUACUUAACAGGCUGAUUAUCAAGUGGCCUUAUGUAAUCAUGCAUUGGAUACGGAGAAAACCACCGGUCUUACAGCUCCGUGAUACCGCUAUGUUAACAGCAGCUUUUGGAAGCCUAAAUUCAAAGUCUACUGUCCUUUUCAAGAAGAAAUACCGCGAACACAACGAGCGAGUGCAAGCAGUCAUCCCAAAGGAUAAACUGUUGAUUUACAACGUAAAUCAAGGCUGGAAACCUCUGUGCACCUUUCUUGGAUGUAAUGUUCCCGCCCUGAAAUUUCCAAGGGAAAAUGUGGCGUUAUCGGACUCAAAGCAUCGGUUAACAGCCAGACUGCAGCAGCGGAAACGCGACGCGUUCGUUAUCCUUGCAAUUUGUGCUUUGCUUGUAAGCGUAUGUUAUUCAGCAUGCUGGCUCUGCUUAAUUAGUCAAUGAUCAUAAUCUAAGGUAGGAAAAGAUUAGAAGACUGUGCAUGGUUUGUGUAUCCUCGUAGCCAAAUUCCUUAUGAUAUGGUAGGGUUUCUCUGAAACUAAGACAGAAAUCUACACGAACUCAAAUAAGCCAAGACCUGAAAUCUGAUGGAAAAAUCAGUUGCUAAGAAUUAGACUGCUAUGCUCUAAGUACUCGCCUUGAGGGUAUACAAUCUUUUUUUUCGAUGAGAAUGUAUUUUAUAAUAUAAAAUAAAUUUUAAGAAUAUUUUAGGAAUAAUCUCGAGGCUAAGAAUUUGAGAAGGAUUUGAAAAUCUCUAAAUACAGUACAUUUUAUGUUUGACAUUGGUAAUUGAAAUCAUACAUUCUAAAGCAGAAAAUGACAUAAGCUAUAAUUUUUUAAUUAAGAAUAAUUCAUUCAAGAAUAUAUUCAGUCUAAAAUCGACAAAAAAAAAAUAAGAUUAUUCAGCCUAGGCCGGAAAAACAGCAUUCUUAAAAAAAGUGUAUGAGCGUAUCCUUGAGUUUCCCUACCAUUGUAAUAUGUGGCUACAAGCAGUACUAUUGCUGUAGAUUUACAGUUUACUAGCCUGAAGUAAGUUUACUUAACAUUUGUUAAAACUAUCACUGGCCCUUGCGGUAAUGAUAGAUGCGAAACCUAACACUGGUUCUAAAAUGAUAGGCUGUGCAAAUCCUGGUUCAUUAUUUAGACAAACAUCAACUCUAAGCCGCGAUGCAGUCCCAAACUAAGACCCACCAUGUUUACGCAUCAGUACCGGCGCUUAUUUGAGCUCGGGCUACCUGAGGCUGUAUUCGUGUAUUUACCGGCUAUGCCGCCAUGACAUUAAAUUUAUUCAAAAAGUGACCACCAGAAAGAAAGAGCGAGAAGUUAUCCUCGCUACCCGAUUGCAGUCAUUUCAUUAGGGUCAGCGAGCCAUAGUGUGAGUCUGUCCUAAACAGGGUAUAUAAUUUCGUGUGGGUCUGUCAACAGGGUAUUGCCUGCACGAUUUUCUAGAUGAAUUGUACUUUAAGCAUACAAAAGCAGUGACUAUAACGUGAAUUUGCUUCGGCGUGCAUUUUGUCUUUUGUUCUAUUAAAGGGUAAUAAAAUAUCAGUCCAAUCUCUUUUACUCCUGUAGCCUGCAUAACACGCGUUAUUUUUUGCGUUUUCCAAGCGUGCGAAGGCCCGGGAAGCGAGCGAGGAGGGCUAGACACACGCGAGGGAGAAGCGCCCCUCGCUUCGCUCGCCUAAGGACGCGGGGGACACCUAUCUAUGAAUAGGUUGAUAUGGCAAAAUUUUGCUUGUGCUACAUCUUUCGAACGCUUAUAUGACAUCUCGGCUAUUUAAGUGGAAAUUUAGAUAAAAAUUUACAGAGACAUUGAGGAAUGAUGGACGUUUAGAAGGGGUUGUGUUUUAUUUGGUAGAUCGCGAUUUAUGGCAAUGCUUCAAGCCACAGUUGUACUAAAUUAGGAAAUCGUGAUUUUUGUGUCGAAGUUCGCGAAAAGAAUAGACAGCACUCUGUGAUUUUAUUAAUAAAUGAUCAGUCAAAACCUUUAGUGCGUCAUGUAUAGAGCACUUAAGUCUACUUGCAUUGCAAGGCAUAAUCGUUCAAGAGAAAUAAGAAUAAUCAGUCAUCAUCCCUGUUAUAUAUUAACCCCUUUUUAGAUCAUUUUAUCGUGCCCUUUUAGAAUUUCGCUCGAAACAUGGCACACUACAGGCUGCCAGGUUUACCCCUUUUCAAUACCAGCUCGUGAGGUAUCUUCGCAGAAUUUCUUGUGGACACAAAAUGGUCCGAAAAGUCAAGUUUUGAGACUCCUUAAGGAGUCCCGACUAAAGUACGAGUUCCAUACAAAAAACCCUGAAUACAGUUUUAUCAUUGAGCUGCAUUGAUUUGAAACCGCAAAAUCCAGUAAAAUAGUGAUCAGGCUUUACAAUUUUUUGCGUAAAACAAUCGCUAGUCAGGUUUCGUUUACAGGAAAUUUGUCAGUUUUUCCUUUACAUUUUCCUUUCCCACCAAAUUUAAUUAAUAAAAUACUUCACUUGCCCAAGACCUUUUCAAAGAAUUUAUAUUUAAACGAUUCCCAAAAGCCCCGAGGUGUAUGAGGUAAACAACAGUCUUGUUCAUACCACAUAGACACGUGCAGCGACAAACCUCCAAUCAGAAAUUAGUAUUCAAAUCAAAACGUUACCCCGCGCUUCAUUCAAAAAUUGAUAGUUUCGGUUGCAAAAAGAAGCUGCUUGCAAAGGUUACUCACGAAAGAGAAACACGACGCUCUCAUAA